AGUAUCAAAAGGACAUGGCUAUGAAAAAAGUCAAAGAAACGCUGACAUGUACAUUUUUUCUAAUGAAACGUCGUAUAGGAAUUAAUAAUUUAAAGUUAUUCGUAUAUAAUAAGGGAGCAGAAGUCACGAGUAUAUGUCGUCACCAGAGCGCGACGUUUUGGCGGGAUUGCUAACGUAUUUGAAAAUCCUUCCGUUCGGACUCCUAACAAAUUUGCGGAGCAAGUAGGGAAGUAUUCAUCGUCGAAGGACGAUAUUGUGGUCAACAGGACAACGAAUACUGCAGGGAUGUCGUGGGAUUUUUUUGUACCCGUGUGCGUGGGCGACCUGGUCAAGACCGGGGGAAUAAACCAGUAUGUCGUACAAGAUGUGGUCUCUCCAAAACAGCUACCGUCCCAUCUUAACAGAUUCAAAAGUGCAUUGAGAAGCCAAGGCCCGAUGUGUAUCUUGGAACACUUUGACACAGCCUACAGUGUACUACAGCAUACCAACUCUGUGGAUCUCAGUGUGAAAGAAGACACUCUGGAUUUGUUAGUACAAGUUGUUAGCUCCCUGUCUACGUCCCUACCGUCAUUCCUCGUCUCUGCUGCAGUCUCUGCAGAAGAGCGAAAAGAAAAGCUCAAUGCUGUUAAAAUGAGCGUCUUCUUACUCUGCAAAAUCACUGAAUGUCUUGAAAGUGAUUCUUGCAGGCACAGCUUCAUUACGGCGCCUGGCAAGGGUGGUAAAAAGGCAAAAACAGGCGAAGGAUUCCAGCAGUGGGAAAGUGAGAGGGAGCGAGUUCUUCAGGCCCUCGUGCAGCUCCUCCAGUUAGAUAUCCGUUCCCUCUGGCAUCUUUCCCAUGUAGAGGAAGAGUUCACCAGCUGUGUGACUUACUGUUGCUACAAGCUCCUUGAGAAUCCCACCAUAAGCCACGUAAAGACCAAACCGACCAGAGAUGGUAUAAUCCAUCUGCUUGGGUUGCUGAUCAAGAAGUACAAUCAUCUCCUGGGUGCAAGUGUAAAAGUGAUCCAGCUGCUGCAACACUUUGAGCAGUUGUCAUCAGUGUUUGCUCAGGCUGUGUCUGUAUGGAGCAAAGAAUAUGGAGUCAAAGCCAUCAUAGGAGAAGUAAUAAGAGAGAUUGGCCAGAAGUCAAAUGAGGAGCUUGCCAGGGAGGGGUCAGGAGUCAAAGCAUUUUCAUCUUUCCUGUCAGAACUCAGUGCUCUGGUCCCGGAGUUGCUGAUCCCCAACAUCAGUGUGCUUAUCCCACACCUGGAAGGAGAGAGUCACAUGAUGCGUGUCGCUGUGUGCGAGGUACUGGGCGACAUCUUAGUGCGUGUCCUAUGUGGAGAUGGUCUGGAAGAGUCCAGCAAAGCUGACCGUGAUCGCUUCUUAGAGACACUGCAGGAACAUCUGCAUGACACGCACUCACACGUCAGGUCACGCGUAUUGCAGGUGUACACGCGUAUUGUCAACAGCAAGGCCCUGCCUCUCUGUCGGUACAGUGAGGUGAUGGGCCUCGCUAUUGGCAGACUAAUUGACAAAUCAAUAAAUGUGGUGAAGUGUGCCAUCCAGCUGCUGGCAGCCUUUAUUGCACACAACCCGUACACCUGCAAGUUGAGCAGCACAGACCUAGAAAAAACUCUGGAGAACGAGACUGCUAAACUGAAAGAGAUGAAAGCAAAGCUGACCGAGAGCACACCAGUGAUUCAAGCCUCAGAGCUAUGGGCCGCCAUGGAGCCUGAAUUGCGUGUCACUGUCGACACUGAGCUGGAGCGCUUGGGUGAUUCUAAGGAGGACCAACAGGAGGAGGAGCCAGAUGUUGAAGGGAAAGAGAUAGAGGAUGACAGGACUACAGCAGUGAUGAUUGCUCAGUACCUCCGGGUCAACAAGUACAGGAAUGCUGUGCGUCUUUGUAUUAAAGCCCACAGCUGCUUCCCGGAAUCAGACAUGUUUGCUUCCCUGUCCACUCUUACUCAAGAGACUGUAAUGGACACACUGGGCCUCCUCUUCAAAGGCUCCGAUGAGGAUACAUCUGAGCAUAGUCAGAACCUCCCCCCUACUCCCCAGAAAGGAGAAGAUAAAGAGUCAGCAGAUGCAGAGCUGAAGAAGCAAGAGAGGUUGGUGCAGUACCUCAGAGAAACAGAAACCUUUGCCCUUCAAGUGGAGAAGGCCAUCUCUGUCAUUAACUCCAUGCUGUACCAGAAAACCACUUCAGUGGUCCAGGAGGCAGUGCAGUUUUGUGUCACAGUGUGUGAGUUCCGCGUCGCCAACUCUCUUAGUGGCGUGAGGAAAAUGUUGCCUCUGGUUUGGUCAUCUGACACUGCCAUCAAAGAUUCUGUUGUUCAGGCCUACAGGCGCCUCUAUCUCAACCCCCAAGGAGACACCAACAGGAUGAAGGCUCAGACUCUUGUGGACAGUCUGUCUGAACUGAUGAUCGAUGCAUCCCUAGGAACAAUACAGUGUCUUGAAGAAAUAGUGCAGGAGUUUUUUGGCAGUGGCAAUAGUCUGGAGUCCACUGUGGUGCAGGUUCUGUGGGAAAGGUUUACUGGCAAAACCGAAACCUCUAUUUUGCACAAGCGAGCUGCUGUGCUCCUACUGGGCAUGGCUGCACGGGCCGAAAGGGAGGUUGUUCUCAGCAAUCUGGACACUCUCUGUUCUGUGGGUUUGGGAGAAAAAGUGACUGAGGAAUUUCUUCUGGCAAGAGACACCGUGAUCACCAUCUGCAACAUCACUGACCGCGAUAGGCAAUCAAAAGGUGCCCCAUUCAGGCUCCCUCAAGAACACCAGCUAUUCACUCGCCUUACACAUGCAAUUGCUGAGGGUGCCGUGAUGGAGGACCUUCACUGGGAGAGCUUCAUGGAGCAAGCAGUUCGUCUUAUCUACUUUUUGGCUGAAUCGCCUGACCAGCUAUGCUCCCGACUGCUCCAGCGCACUGCUCGACUCCUACUAGAACAAAUCGCUGAAAGCGGAGAGAUUAGUAAGGAUGUCAGUCAAACACAAGAGGGAUCUCAAGAGUCCAAUGAGCAAGGUGAACCACAAUUAUUGACUUGGCUGUGUUUAUUUUUCCACACAGUGUUGUGCCACGUUUUCUCCUCUUUUGCAGUGAACUGUGUGUGCCUCGCUCAGCUGCUGGCCCUGUGUGGCAGAGUAGCUUUCUGGCAGGUGUCUCACCUCGAGCGCAGCGUGAGCAGUGAGUUGCGAAGGCGUAGAGGAGAGACUGAGCAGAGAGAGGAGAAGGAAAAGGGUCCAUCCAGCAAAGCGAAGCUCACAGCCAAUGAGAGUACAAUGGAGGAAGAACUCGGCUUGGUUGGUGCCUCUGCAGAUGACACCGAAGCCGAGCUCAUCAGGAAGAUCUGUGAGACAGAAUUAGUGUCUGAGGACAACCUGCUGCAUGCAUUCCUUCCCUUGCUGGUGAAAAUAUGCAGCUCCCCUGGACACUAUUCCCACCCUCAGCUCACCACGGCUGCCUGUCUGGCCCUCUCACAGUACAUGAUGAUAAGUCCAGCCGUUUGCCAGGAGAAUGCCCGUUUAAUGUUUACAGUGCUGGAGCGUUCUGCUCUUCCUGUUGUUAGGGCCAAUGCCAUCAUUGCCCUCGGAGACCUCACCGUCCGGUUCCCCAACAUAUUGGAGCCCUGGACGCAGAAUUUAUAUGCCAGGCUCAGUGAUGAGGUCCCCUCCGUGAGGCAGAUGGCUGUGACAGUACUGACUCAAUUGGUGCUGAAGGACAUGCUAAAGGUCAAAGGACAAGUCAGCGAAGUCGCAGUGCUGCUAAUUGACCCCGAGCCUCACAUCACAAGCCUGGCCCUGAACUUCUUUAAUGAGCUGGCUUCCAAGGACAAUGCAAUUUACAACCUGCUCCCGGACAUCAUCAGCCGUCUGUCUGACCCAGAGAGAGGCAUGAGCUCAGAGGACUUCAAUACCAUCAUGAAGCAGCUCUUCUCCUACAUCACAAAGGAGAGGCAGACUGAGUCUCUGGUGGAGAAACUGUGUCAGCGCUUCAGGAGUGCCAGGACGGAGCGUCAGUGGUGUGACUUGGCCAUCUCUCUGUCCUUGCUUUCUAUGUGUGAGCGAGGCUUUAAGAAGCUACAGGAAUGUUGGGAAUGCUACAGCGACAAGCUGACUGAGCCUGGUGUCUACCAGCCCCUGGUCGCCAUCACUACCAAACUGCGCCGUGGAGCCAAGCUCCAAUUCAAGAGCCAAGUGGAUGAGUUUGAGAAGCGACUAACUGCGGUCCACACGCGAGGCCUGGAAAAUGUGGAAAGCCCUGAGAUGGACGAAGAAAAUCAAAAAGAGGGACAAGCCACUGACGAGGUGGUCGCGAGAGUACCUGCUCGAGGCCGGCCCAAGUCUAAGAGAGGUCAAUCAAAGCAGUCAGUCUCCAGCCGCAUUGACGAGAGUUUUGUGACGCCGCGGAGAACUCGUAAGUCCAAGAAACCUGUCAUCACCUUCAGCAGCGAUGAAGAGGAGGUAGAAGAGGAUGCUGUGUUGACAGAGAGCGAGACACCUAAAGUCACCACGCCGAUUGCCCGCACAUCUCGACGAGCUCGACUCAGAAACUAAUUUUUUUUCACCACUUUCUUUUGUCCUUUUUUUUUUUUUUUUUUAAACUUGUUUUCCCCUUAAUAAUGUGUAUAUUUUUUAACAAAUAAAACCUUUCUUUUUCCUUUGUCCAUUUUUAUUUUAUUUUCAACCCCCACCCCCUUUGAACACGUUUUAUUCUUUAUAAAACUUUUUUUUUUUUUUUUGCUAUGGCGCAGUUGUCAGCGCACUGGCACGGAGCCAUUUUGUCCAUUGUACCUUCCAUCUAGCACAGGGGCGUCAAACUCUUGUUUACUAUGUUGUGGUUUCUCCCAGAGGGGCAUUAACUGAAACCAUAAAAAUGUUUAUCUCAUAUAAACACCAAAUUAAUGGAUAAUUAAUUUUUUAAGUCAGAAGUCAAGGAUAGUCAUUUGUUCAAGUUACUGUAUCAAGGAUUUUUGUGGGAAAUCCUAAUGAUAUCUUGACAAUUUAAUACAAAUGACAAUUAGACUUUUUCAUACGGAUUUGAGCAAUAAUCAUAGAAGUUAAUUUAUGAUUUGUUUUCUCGCCACAUGACUUGUUGUGGUGGGCCGCAUCUGGCCCCGGGUCUAGAAUUUGACACCCUAUGAUCUAGUGGAAAACCAUUUAGAUGACUAGAGACAUUUGUUUUAAAUAUGACUGUUUAAGUUCUAUAAUUUCCAAAAGCGCAGUGGUGGUGGGAACCACUGGUUUAGACAGCAGGUUAGGUUUACGCCAAAAAAAAAAAAAAAAAAUCAUUUUAUCAAGCUGCUGUGCCUUCCCUGAAUCAUCUGAAAGUGCCUGGCGAUGCUUUGAAAACCAUUGGUUCACACCAUCACUACAAAUGGCUUUUCAGUGUUUGGAGAGCAGUGUGUGUUCUUUUCCUCACAGUUUUCCCUCUACCUCAGCCCAGCGUAGAGCUGCCUCCAUCACAUUUGCCACUUCUUUUCACUUUGUGUUUUUCCUAACAAUCCUUUAUUUCCUCAUCAUUCACCUGCCAUUUAGUUUCCUCACAGGUUGGCCUCACAUCGCUCAUCAAUCUUCCCUAGGUCUCUGCCUGCUGAUUUAUUUUUCCUCUUCACUCUCCCUCUGCCUACUUUUUGAAAAUGUAUUCUCUCCCACGGCGCUUGUCUCUGCUGACAUCACAUACACAGUACUUUAACCCCCCCCAACCGCCUUCCUUCAUCCCUCACUCUAAUGAUUGCUAAUCCCUCCCUUUCGCCUACUGCCUACCCCCACAUGUCCGCUCCCAAAAAGAUGAGUGGGGUGAAUUUCUCUAUGUAUGUAUUUAUGAGCAGUUAUGUAAAGCAUUUCGCCAAAGGUGGGCUUAGCAAUACGACUUGAGGUUUGGCCUCAAAUGAACUACUUUAAUUUAAAAUAUAUAUUUUUUGGUGCUACGUUGCCUAAUUGAUGGAUGUAGUUGAAAUAAUGAGAGGGUGCUGAACUUCUCGCUAGUGUUGUAAUUUGGCAACGGGGGGUUGCGGCGAGCAGAUGGCAUUGACAGACUGUAACUUACCCAAUAGCGUGGGGAGCUCAGUGCAUGCUGGGAAAGACCUGAGACAAAAGCGGGAAAGAUGAGGUGCUUGCCUACAACGGUAGAAAUAAAACAUCACGUCUGGGUUAGCUGAUCACUACUUCAUCUUGAGAAAUCUAUAUGGUCAUUUUGCCAAUGACCUCCAAAGAAAACUGAAUAAGGCAAAAGUACCUUGAUGUUUUACCGAGGAGAAAUAUAAAUACUUGUCAAAGAAAUAAAAGGCACUUCCUUUCCUCAAUUUGAUUUCAGUUAUUUAGAUUCUGAGGUCAUAAGCAUUUGAUAAUUUAGGCUUUGCAGAUUUUGUAAGAUUAUCCUCUUGCUGACGGCUCGGCAAAAGACAUUGGACCAGCGUGGUAAAAUUGCCACCUGGAGAUAAGUUUUUCCUCUCUCCGACUGCAGUUCGGUGCCAGUUUAAGAAACUUUAUGGCCGUCACUCUGCUCCAACAUGAAAAGAUUAAAUUGUCGAGAAUCAUAAUGUUCCUCUUGAAGUCUCUUCAAAAACAGAAGUAGGUACAGGUAAAGCAUUAUCAUCUCUCAAGCAUUUGCUAAAUUGAGUUUUAGUUGUGGGUAUGUUCCACCGCACCCCUCCAGAUAGGCAUUUUCUGCGUGAACGCCUGUUCUCGGCAACCCUCGUCCAAAGCCAUUUGGCAAGCCACGGGAAGGGACUGUAACUGGGGGGUGAAUCAAAGCUGUCAUACUAAUGGGCUUUAGUCUGUUCAAACAGUACCUGAACUAAAAUGGAAAAAAAUUGUCUACAACGCAAGUUUAAUUUAAAAUGCUUGUAGAAAAAUGUUGUUAAUGUUGCAUGUCUGUUUUCAAUCAAGAGCAUGCUACCAUUGUGAACACAAGCAUGCUAAAUUAGCCGAUGAUACCUGGGGAAAAAUCCGCCUUACAUGUAUAGUACAGUAUCUUUUUUUCCCAAGAUCAGAAAGGAUUUAUGAAUGCCACAAUUAAUGGUUUUUGACCUGGCACAGGACACAAACAUUUUUCUUAAAACAGGCAAAUUUGUCGCCCCUAUCUACAAUAAUUAUUGCUUUAAAAUUUUUCCAUAUUGCUACUACUUCAGUCCCUCUUAAAGAUCUUUUAAGUAACUUAAGUGGAGAAAGUAUGUACUUGAACUUUGUUACCUCCCAACAAUUAUAUAUUUUUUUUCUUCAAUAACCAAACAUGGCGGCAUGGUUCAUCAGUUGGUAAAGCGUUGGCCUCACAGUUCUGAGGACCCGGGUUCGAUCCCAGACCCGCCUGUGUGGAGUUUGCGUGUUCUCCCUGUGCCUGCGUGGGUUUUCUCCGGGCACUCCUGUUUCCUCCCACACCCCAAAAACACGAAAAUUAAUUGGAACCUCUAAAUUGCCCCUAGGUGUGAUUGUGAGUGCGGCUAUUUGUCUCUAUGUGCCCUGUGAUUGGUUGGCAACCAGUUCAGGGUGUACCCCGCCUCUUGCCCUUUGACAGUUGGGAUAGGCUCCAGCACUCCCUGUGACCCUCGUGAGGAUAAGCUGCAAAGCAAAUGGAUGGAUUGAUAACCAAACUUUAUAAAUUCCAGUUGAUGCCCCAACAUUCGGCUUCUGUCAGAAAAAAAAAAAUCGAGAGGGAUGGUGGGG